AUGGACUUCGUGACGCAUAUGCCGAAGUCCGACCGAGGAAAUACGUUUUUGCUACUAUUCCAAGAUAUGUUUUCUGGAUAUGUGAUGUGCAAGCCGAUGGAUUCAACCACCGCUCAGGCUGUCGCGGAGGUGUAUGAGGAACGAGUAUUCCUGAACCUUGGAGCAAGUUCGAUGAUUCGGCAUGAUCAAGAUCCUCGCUUUAUGAGCGAGGUGUUCACUCAUUUUCGAGAACUCUUGAAUAGUCGCCAGAGGGCUACUUUGGGAUACCGGCCUCAAGCGAACGGACAACAGAGCAUUCGUGCCUAUAUCGAGCAGGCCGACCAGAGUGACUGGGACGACCAUGCAGAAAGGUUGAUGUUUGCGCUAAACACUUCGUUCGACGCGACACGUUUAGAUACCCCGUUCUACUGGAUUCAUGGCUGGGAUCCACAAAGCACUCUGAAGGCGAUAUUGGGUCCAACACCAUCAAGUGUACCUGAAAGGACUGCCUACGAGUGGAGACGAAAAGUUCAGAGAGACUAUAGCUACGCGAAGGCGUGCGCCGAGGACUUGCAGAACCAAGCCCGACGACAUCGUUCCGAUCUCCAAACGCAA